UGGUAAACAACUGCUUCGCACCGUGACAAAGUUCUAUGAAUAUGAGGCUGCUGCUGGUCCUGAUGGCAGUGUGCGGAGUGGCGCACUCUGCGGCCGUCUGCUCGGCACCGAGCCCCAACCUGCUGGACGAGAUGGAAAAGUUCGUCAAACUGCUCCCGAUCAGCCAGAUCGAGCAAGUCGCCCUGAACUACAUCGCCAACGACGAGGAGGUCCAGAAAGUGCUCGCCUACUUCGAAGGAGAUCAGUUCGCCAAAGUUGUGAAUAUAUUCAACAGCGAGAAGGUCAUUAUUGACAUGUACGCGUUCAUGUGCAAGAACGGCAUCCCCAUCUACGACAGCGUCAACAAGCUUAAUGACGUCCUGGGCCUGCCUCACGUGACCCCCGCCCCCUCCAGGGAGGUCAGGCCUAGCGCCAGGGACUUCCGCCACUUCCUGGACGACAUCGAGAAGCUCAUCCCCAUCGAGAAGAUGAAGGCGCUCUUCAGCCAGGAGAAGAAGAACAGCCCCAUCUUCAAGGAGUUCGUGGACAAAGUCAGCAGCAAGGAGUUUGUGGCGAUGGUGAACAAGAUAAGGGCUCUGCCUGAAGUCAAGCAGUUCGAAAGUGAUCUGCAGAAAAUGGGAGUCGAUAUCAUGAAAUUGAGGAAGUUAUUCAAUGAAUUAUUUGGAUGGAACACAAUACUUCUCGCGGAGGAUAAAAGCGCCCGCAUCCAGCAACUUCCAUCGCAUUGUCGUCUCUCGACUGAAGGCAGCAGCGACGUAUCCAAGAUGAAACAGCUCGUUGUUCUUCUGGCCAUUUUCGGCCUGGCAUACUGUGAAACAAACUGCAGCGCAGAGAGUCCCAACCUGGAGGAUGAGAUCAAGAAGUUCAAGGCGCUGCUGCCGCUGGACCAGAUCAAGGUUGUGGCCUUGAAGUACAUCGCCAACGACGAGCAGGUGCAGAAGGUGCUGCAGUUCCUGGAGGGCAAGCAGAUGGCUGAGGUGGUCAGCAUCGUGAACAGCCAGCCGGAGAUGAUCGCCAUGUACGCGUUCAUGUGCAAGAACGGCAUCCCCAUCUACCACUUCCUCAACAACAUGAACGACCUCCUGGGCCUGCCACACGUGACCCCCGCCCCCUCCCGGGAGGUCAGGCCUAGCGCCAGGGACUUCCGCCAUUUCCUGGACGACAUCGAGAAGCUCAUCCCCGUCGAGAAGAUGAAGGCGCUCUUCAGCCAGGAGAAGAAGAACAGCCCCAUCUUCAAGGAGUGGGUCGACAAGCUCAGCAGCAAGGAGUUCCGAGCGAUGGUUGACAGGAUAAUCGCUCUUCCGGCGGUCAAGCAGUUCAGAGCCGAGCUGGUGAGCAUGGGAGCCGACGUCAACAAGUUGGAACAGCUCGUCAGAGAGUUGAUGGGAUGGAGCAGUUAACAAACCAAACCAAGCAAAACUCUUACUAGUGAAAAAAAAAUCAAUGAUUUUUUUUAACCUUUUGUAAAUGUUCCUAUUCAUUUCCCAAUAAAGUUGCAGAUAAACUUGUA